AUGCAAGCCAGCACAGAGGACACAACGACCUAUAUUGGAGCCAUUGAUGCAGGCACUACAUCCGCACGCUUUCUUAUCUUUACUGAUAAAGGCAAGCUGGUUGCUAGCCAUCAACUCGAAUUCGAGCAAAUCUAUCCACGACCAGGGUGGAUAGAGCACGAUCCACAAGUGCUUGUUGACGUGGUGAAUGAAUGUGCCACUGUGGCAAUACGGAAAUUUGGCAUGAUGGGUUAUGACUCUGCCAAAAUCAGAGCUAUUGGUAUUUCCAAUCAACGAGAAACAACUUUAGUUUGGGAUCGAGAAACGGGCGAGCCCUUGUACAAUGCUAUUGUGUGGGGUGAUGGACGUACCAAUAACACGGUUCGCCGUCUCAAGACCAAAGACAAAGAGGGUCGUGUAUCCAAGCUAUGUGGUUUGCCCAUUCACAACUAUUUCUCAGCUGUGAAAAUGUAUUGGCUUAUGCACCACAAGAAGGAUAUCAAAAAAGCCAUCAACGACAAGCGAGCUGUAUUUGGCACGGUCGAUAGUUGGUUAAUAUGGUACAGCAUUGUAAAGAAUCUGACAGGUGGCAAGGCUUUUGUAACGGAUGUGACCAAUGCAUGCAGGACCAUGCUAAUGAAUUUGGAAACCAGGAAAUGGGACCCUGAGCUAUUGAGCUUCUUUGACAUACCCGAAGAUGCACUUCCAAAAAUUGUUUCGAGUGCUGAACACUAUGGUACAGUGAAUGAUGGUCCACUAGAAGGGCUGCCUAUCAUGGGGUGUUUGGGUGACCAACAAGCAGCGUUUGUUGGGCAGCGAUGCUUUCAACCAGGUGAAGCAAAAAACACCUAUGGCACAGGUGCAUUCUUGUUACUCAAUGUUGGUGAUAAACCCGUUUCUUCCAAUAAUGGACUAUUGUCUACUGUGGGCUAUCAACUUGGGAAGGAUGCACCUGUUACCUAUGCCUUGGAGGGAUCCAUAAGUGUAGCAGGUGCUGCUGUCAAUUGGCUGCGUAACAAUCUGGGCAUGAUAAAAGAGCCAAAAGAUGUCAGUGAGUUGGCUUCGCAAGUCCAUGACACGGGUGGUGUUAUGUUUGUCACAGCAUUCUCAGGUUUAUUUGCACCUUAUUGGCGAGACGACGCUCGAGCCACUCUUGUCGGGCUUACACAAUACACCAACAAGUGCCACAUUGCACGUGCCACGUUGGAAGCUGUAUGCUAUUCUACUCGAGCAAUCUUGGAUGCCAUGACUGAAGAUGGCAACGUCCCACUGAAACUUCUUAAGGCGGAUGGUGGUAUGUCAAAUUCCGACAUUUGCAUGCAAAUCCAGGCCGACAUCUUAGGCAUCCCCGUUGAGCGGCCGGCUAUGCGAGAGACAACUGGAUUUGGUGCAGCGCUUGCAGCUGGGUUGGCCAUUGGCGUAUGGAAAGAUAUAGAUACCAUUCACGAUUAUCAGGAUGAAAAGGCUGACGUGUUUCAGCCUAAUUGGGAUGAUUCUGAGCGAGAACAUAGCUUAGCAGUGUGGAAUGCAGCUGUACAGCGGAGCAUGGGUUGGACGGACGUGUAUCAUUCUGAAGAAUAA